UUGUGUUUUUCAUGGCAACAACAGCACACAGCUUGCGGAGCGGUAACCUACUAUAAACAGCCUCCAGCUCGAGAUUAACCGGCGUUUCGUCCUCGCAUUGCGCAACUUAUUUACUCCUGGUGCUGUUUAGUUAUCGAUAGUAGUUUAUGGUUUCAUUUUAGUGUAUAUUUUUAGAUGUAGACAAGGGAUAUGUUUUAUAAUAAAGCAAAGGAUUUUCGUCCAUACCGGUAGGUUUGAAGCGCCUCGCGGGGGGCAGUUGACACUGGGCGUGAAUGACAUAAGGAAGAGAGAGGAACGGAUCAUUUGCUUUCGGCCUCAUGUGUGUGUGAAUGAUGUUCAGUAAUGGUGCCUUCUCAGACACACGUGAUGCUCAAGUGGCAAGAGCACCUGAACGGCUCGUGGGCCACCGAGGACAGCGUUCAGACGGCCACGCGUCAUGGAGCUGCCGCUCUCUAUGCAAAACUUCUCUACAACAAGGAGGUUGUAGGCUUGGCCCAGCCCGUGCAAGACCUGAUGGGUCCGCGUCUGCCCGACUUCCAGUAUGAAUCCAGCGCUGAGGAGGAGAAAGAGGAAUACCUGUCUGCCCUGCUUCAUAGCCAGCGCUGCCUUGCCCACCGCAUGCUGGCGCGGACCCCCUUUGCCCUAUCUGUUCACCACAGGCUGAUAGUUCUCCAGAGGGUCUUCUACGCCCUCCACAGCAAGUAUCACGACCGUUUCCGUGCUCCUCUGCCUCCCCAACCUUCAUCCUCCAGCGCGGAAGGAGGCGCUCCGGAGUCCAUCUCGGAACCUUGGUCAACAGGUAGCUCCCGUACGAAAUCAGGCACGGAUGUUCUCAUAGAGAUGGGCGUCCGGACUGGGUUGAGUCUGCUUUUUGCCCUGUUAAGGCAGAGUUGGCAACGUGGGAGUCUUGAGAACCCUCCAGACGUUGCUCUGUGCAAUGAAGUACUGGCCACCGCUUCCUCUGUCCUGGCCGCGCUGCCUCCUCUCUCAUUGGCCAACGAGAACAAAAUCCCGACAGUAGGACUUGACUGCCUCACCCAGGUCGGAGACUUCUUGAAGAAGACCGCGGUUAGCGGGUCCGGGGCAGAUAGGGCGGGUCGAAGGUUAGCUCUGGAGCUCCUGCUCUCUCUCGCACUGCAAAGAGGAUCCCUGCGCUUCCUUCUGGAGUGGGUGGAGGUGGCAUUGGCCGCCUCUGCUUCCUCUGCAUCCCCAUCAUCCUCGGAGACCGUUGGGGUGGGCUACGAGCUGAUCCAUCAGACGUUGCAACAGAUGCGCCAGCACACGGCUGUCCGGGGGGAAUCGGCCAAUACUCAGGUGUUGAAGAAAGAUGCAGAUGGACUUUGUAGCCUCUCACAUGCUGCUCUCUGCCUCUUUGAAGAGAUCUGUACCCUGGCCUCGAACUGCCUGUGCUCAUGUAGCACGGGUUCAUCUCCAUCCACCGGCUCAGAGAAUGACGUUGUUAUGGUGUACGUGUGGGGCAGCAACAGCAGCCAUCAGCUUGCCGAAGGAACACUGGAGAAGAUCUUACAGCCCAAACUAGCUCAGGGCUUCAGCGAUGCACAGAUGAUUGAGGCAGGACAGUACUGCACCUUCUCUGUAUCUGCUGAUGGCGCUGUAAAGGCUUGUGGGAAGGGAAGUUAUGGGCGUCUGGGCCUUGGGGACUCGAAUAAUCAGUCUAUGCCCAAGAAGUUGGUGCUUGAACCACCCCGCACCAUGAGGAAAGUGUCAUCUUCCAAGGGCUCUGAUGGACACACGCUGGCCGUCACCGCUGAGGGUGAGGUGUUCAGCUGGGGAGAUGGAGAUUAUGGCAAACUGGGCCACGGGAACAGCGCCACUCAGAAAUACCCCAAGAUUAUACAGGGCCCUUUGUUGGGGAAGGUGGUGGUUUGUGUGUCUGCUGGAUACAGACACAGCGCUGCGGUCACUAAUGAUGGAGAGCUCUACACUUGGGGAGAGGGAGACUUCGGUCGGCUCGGACACAGUGACAGUCACAGUCGCAACAUGCCCACUUUGGUGAAGGACAUCAGUGGGGUGGGUCAGGUGGCCUGCGGAAGCUCUCACACCAUCGCUGUGGCACAGGACGGUCGAAUAGUUUGGUCUUUUGGAGGAGGUGAUAAUGGUAAACUAGGACAUGGGGACACGAAUCGUGUGUACAGACCUAAAGUAGUUGAAGCCCUGCAUGGUUUCAUUAUCAGGAAAGUCUGUGCAGGAAGCCAAUCGUCACUGGCUUUGACAUCUGCUGGCCAGGUGUUUGCGUGGGGCUGUGGCUCGUGUCUUGGCUGUGGAUCAUCUGAAAGCACCUCACUCCGACCUCGACUGAUAGAGGAACUGAGCAUCACCAAGAUCAUUGACAUUUCUUGCGGAGACAGUCACUGUCUCGCCCUGUCUCACGAAAAUGAAGUGUUUGCUUGGGGUAACAAUGCCAUGGGACAGUGUGGUCAGGGCCACACCUCGACGCCAGUCACCAAACCCAAGAAGGUGAUUGGUCUAGAAGGAGUGUCAAUACAGCAGAUUACCGCAGGCACAUCCCACAGCCUAGCUUGGACAGCUGUCCCUACAGACAGACAGUUGGUGGCUUGGCACCGGCCAUUUUGUGUUGAUCUCGAGGAAAGCACUUUCACCUACCUCCGCAGUUUUUUGGAGCGUUAUUCUGACAGCAUCAGUGGAGACACACCACCCGCUCCUUUCCCCUCUAAGAGGGAACAUCAUCAGUUUGUGUUGUUGUGUAUGAAGCUGCUGUCCAUUCACCUGUCGCUGGCCCAUGCAGGUGGAACAGGGGCCACAGUUUUGGGAGCUCAAGGUCGGCCCCUCAGGAACCUCCUUUUCAGACUCAUUGAUUCCAACGUACCAGAAUCCAUACAACAGGCGGUGAUGAGCACGCUGUCCAUUGGAGCGUCUCUGUUGCUGCCUCCUCUCAGGGAGAGAACAGAGCUACUCCACUCGCUGUUACCUCAGGGCCCAGAGAGCUGGGACAGUCUCUCUAAAGGACAGCGUUUACAGCUGGACAUGGUGCUAAACAGCCUACAGGAACAGAGUCACGUGGCGUCUCUACUUGGGUACAGCUCACCCGGAGAACUGAGUACAGGUUUGGCCCUGCCGCCCACCCCUGAUCGACCCACAGGAAGUGUAAGCUCCAACUCAGAAGCUCCAGAUCAUCUCCAUCUGGCAGAGGUUCUCCUGAAGACCCUGCUGCUCAGCAUCGGUUUCUAUACGGAGCGUGCGUUUGGUGAACUGGAGAAGAACAGUGAUAAACAGAGGUUUAGUCAAUCUCAGAAGCAGACUGAAGCUCCUUCACACUUCCACCACUUGCUGUCUGCUCUCCACAGACACCUGCUGGCUCACUGCUACAUCCACACGGGUGCUGAGGAUGACAGCAGCGUUGUCCUGCUUCACAAACACCUGUGCCUGCUAUUGCCGUAUGCGGCUGAGACCUUCAGGAGGUCCACCAUACUGCUGGAAGAGAGUACACUGGACAAGCAUGUCAUCAAGAAACUGCACACUGUGCUCUUUGGCUCAGUUGCGGGCAGUCUGCUGUGUCAGGUGAUCUACUCUCUGCUUCUGCUGCCAUUGGCUGUCGUUAGGCCCCUCCUCCCUCACCUGUUUACACUGCUGGAACACCUGAAUGAGCUCAACUGUUACCUGCCCAACACUUCACAUCUGGAGGACAUGGAACUGGAAGGAAUCCCACAAGAAGUGUCUGAAACCACUGAACCAGUCCUGGUGCCUGAAUCUGAGGACUGGGCGUGGCUUCUGGACCUGGAGAGGUCUGUAGCUCUUGCCAUUGGCAGAUGUCUCGGAGGUAUGCUGCAGGGCCCGCCCUCUUCCAUCCAGGAGAGGAUGGCAGAGUUCUGGUUGUGUAACCCGCUCUUGAGAAACGGGCUGGAGAUGGACUUUGAACAGCUUGAUUGGUCGAUGGGUUGGCUGACCGAGGCCGUGUUCAUGAGCUGUGUUGACGUCAGGUUAGCCGAUCUGCGUCUGUCUGAAGAGAACACAACGCUGGUGGAACUUGCUCUCGGAUCCCCACGAGAACCUGCCAGCGCCCUCUGGAGGAAGAUGAAAGAUUAUGCAGCCAGUAGAGACUGGGACAAUGGCGGAUCAACAGGAGAUUGUUUAUUAGAAACAGUGUGCCGUUGCAGUUUGGCAGCUUUGCUCAAACAUGCUGGUCUUCAUGAAGCUUAUUGGCAAGAUAAAUAUGAGCCCUGUGAAGUUCUGAUCGAGAUAUAUCAGGUGGUGUAUAAAAUCCGCACCACCCUUCUGUCCUAUAAAGAGAGUGUUGGAAACACAAGCAGUGCACAGCCUACAACCGCCCCCAAACAGGCGUCGCUGGGAUCUCAGAGCCCCAGUGAGGAGAGGCAGGAGGCGGGGAGCUCGGGAGAAUCAUCAGGAAGAGAUGCAGAUCCCAGCAUCCAGACGCCCCACACGGCUGAACAUAACCAGGACGAUCCAUUAGAAGAGGAGACACCCAGCAUCAGCAGUAUGUACCUGCCGGAAGUGCUGCAGUGUUUUCUGGCCACACGGGAGGCCAUGCAGCUCCAGCAGAAUGAGACCGUGUAUGAAUCGUCUGGUACCAGCACGUUACCCAGCAGCACCGAGAGCCCCGGAACCCCUGACAGAGAGACCCCACAACGACCCUGGGACCACCACAGCUCCACCAGUCAGGGUCUGUCCUUCCCCGCUGCCUGCCACCUGCUGGUGUCACGCUGUCUGUUCCUGUUGCUGGGAGUCAGAGCUGCCUGGCAGGAGGAGAGCGUCACGUCACAGGCACAUACUGAGAGCGGUACAGCCAGGUCUCCACCCUACUAUGAGGGACUUGGCACAAAGAUGGAGUUACAGUCGCCAUCUGAGCGAAGAUUUAGUGAGAGAGAGCUAACCGAUAACUCUAGAAGUUCCUCAGGUUCGUUCAAGAAUAAAAUGGGUCUGCCUCUGUGUUCUCUAGGCAUUAUGAAAGAUGCCUGGGAGCGAUUGCGGCAGUGCAUCAGCCCCACCACUGUGCUGUGCCCGGGUGGAGGUGGCACCCCAAUCCUGGGACAAGUCUUCCAUUUUUUGUGUGGGGGUCUCCUCCGAACAUCCGCUCUGGGAGACAAAGAUGUAGGGGCGCAGGCCGACCCAAAAGCCAUUACUGUUGCCAUGGCUCAGCAACACCAAAGAGCCCAGGUGCGUUUGGAGGCGUUGCGUCAGAUUUCUUCAUUCCUAUUGGAGAUGGAGGAGAAGAGCACCAGCUCUCUAGCGCCCCCACGGUUCCCUGGUCUUCUGCAGUCAGUGCAGCUGCAGUUCCUCUCCGGAUGCUUCGGUCUGGGAGCACCAAUCACUGGCAGUCUGUCUGCACCUAACAACAAGAUUCAACAUUACACGGCUGGGAGUCAGUCGGCUCCUAUAAGUGUUCAGAGAGAGUUGCAGUCUGCGGCUCAUACGUUGUACCAGCAGCUGGUGCGUGUGCUUAGACAGAAGGCGGCGCUAGAGAGAGAACAAACAGGCUCAUGCCAGCACCUGGUGUUAGCUACGGUCUUUGCUUUAAACUUCCACUAUCAGCCUGUGGAUCUGGUGGUGAUUAUUAAAUCUGGCGUCUUGGAGAUCUUGUCCACGUUGACCGAUAACACAUGCGUGUUGGUGAACCAGCGCUGGCUGGCCGCAUCCAUGUCAGGUCACAUGCAGCUGGGCGGAGCGGUGAAGCUGGCCGCGGCCAGACACCUGCAGAUAUUUGCCAUAGCCGCCAGUUCCUGUGAGGAUGCUUUGCCAUUGGAGGUGUCCCAGGCUCUUAUGGAUGUAAUGAGCGAGCAGUUACAAGGUUUGUUACAUGCAGUUUACCAGCAGGAGGUGCUAGAGAAAGACUCCACAGAUGACAUGCAAGAGGAGACGACCAAACAAGAGAGUGUAGUUCGUAGUAGCAGAGUUGUGGAAUCCCAGCUCGCUGACUUUCUGGUCUUCCUACGACGCAUUUUGUCGCUAAGGGUUGCUAAAAGAGUCUCAGCGUUUGUCAAGUGGAUUGAUCCACUGAUGACCAUCAUCUCAUAUAAGUGCAAUUCAGGAAAUCCUCGUUUUUACAAUCUGCGGACAAAACUGCUGGCCUUUCAUAUUUUAGAAGCUCUGUUGCCGGCGUGUUCAGACCCUGCCGUGAUGAAACAGAUUGUGGAUCAGUUGUUUAGCCUUUUAUCCACGUACAUGUGGGAUGAACCAGUUGCCUUGAGAAAACAUCAAGAAAAAGCUUCAGAGAUCUCAAACAAGGGCGAAAGUGAAGAUGAGUGUAUUCCGAUUGGUGAUUUCUCUUUUGAUCCUCAUAAGCUAAUUUGUUGUUCCCUGGAGAGUGGGAAUGUUCUGUCUCACGGUUCAGGUGGGAAGGGGUACGGACUGGCCACCACUGCAAUUACAUCUGGAUGCUUUAUUUGGAAGUUCUACAUCACCAAAGAGAACAGGGGGAAUGAAGGGACGUGCAUCGGAGUCUCCCGCUGGCCCAUUCGCGACUACAACCAUCGGACCACCACUGACAUGUGGUUAUACCGGGCCUACAGCGGAAGCCUGUAUCACGGUGGCGAACUGGGUCGAGCCCUGCCUUCCUUUACCCAGGGGGAUACCAUCACCUGCAUACUAGACAUGGAGGCUAGAACCGUCUCUUUUGCCAAAAACAACAGGGAACCAAAGUUGGCUUUUGAAGGUGUGGAUGCGACGGAGCUCUACCCGUGUGUUUUAUUCUACAGCAGCAACCCAGGAGAAAAGGUGGCACUGUGCGACCUGCAAAUGCGUGGGAUGCCGAGUGAUCUUCUGCCGGGUGAACCUCUGUGCAGCCCGCGGGCAACAGUCCUGCUGGAGUCCACCAUUCAGCUACUGAGACGACUGUAUGUUAAUGACGACUGGGUUCAACAUAUCAACCAGCACAUUUCGAACAAACUACAGCUUAUCCAUCCACUCAUGAGGGAGGGAGCGCACGGCAAAGUCGGCUCUACCAGUAAGGAGUCGGGUGAUAAAUGUGGGGUGAACAGAGAGAGGGGGUUUGCUUGGGCAGAUGUGUGGACAUCUACAGAUCACCUCUCCGGUCCGGCGGGUCUCUCUGACACCCAGCUGAGCGUCUUGUGCACGGAGGUCUGGCCGGUCAUGGCACUCAUCGGAGGGGUGGACAGCGGCCUGCGUGCUGGAGGAACUUGCCAGCACAAACCCAGCGGGCGACGGGCGACUCUUCUCGGGGUGUUGAAAGAGGGAAGCCCGCUGGCGAAACUACAGUGGGAGGAAACGGAUUUUACUGUGAGCUUCCUGAAUUCUUGGUCACCUAGUGACACCCCUCUCUCCUCGCUGGAGCCGUGCGAUGUCCCCCAGUUGGACAUGUCUCGCUGCUGCGGCCUUACGCCGUCCGUGCUCUUCGACCUCAUCCUGAUGACCGGCAUCUUGGAAGAGCAAGAGACACCUUCCGGAUUGCCCCGGAAUAGGAUCAGUUCGGAGGGCGGCCCACGCAGCGAGCUGGAGAGACGAUUGGACGAGGAUAUCGCCCGCAUUAUGAUGGACGAAGACGGAGUGGCUUGUCCGGUGGACGCGGAGAAGAAAGAGGAGAACCAAGAUGAAGCGUUCGGAUCCCUCAAGCAAUCAAAUGAAAACUGCGGUGGCGCCCCCUGUCCACCGAUACUUGCACUACAACCCCGUGCGGACUUCUUUGCACUGGAACUUCGCGCGAUACGCAUUUCCUACCUUUUGCUGGGUGCCCUAAAGUCUUUGGCUGUCAUUCUGAACUGUGGGAAGUUCUCGGAUCUUCGUCCGAUUCCCAAAUCGGAGGCAGGGGUCAGCGUAACCCGACCUGAGCCGGUGAGGACCUCUGCUGGCGAGGAGGAAAACGGCGAGCUGCGCUCUGUGCUGCAGUUUGUUGUACGGAGCAUGGUGAAGUGGGCUGUCAGACCCUGUCCGAUCAAACAGGCCGUGGCUUUGUCAGAUCUCGAAAGGGCUCAGAUCAUCGUCUUUAAAGGUGCGCUGAGCAGGCUGCACGGCGAUGGAAACCAGGAACACAAGGAUUCUGCAGGGAACUCUUCAUCUCAACCUGUGUCCAAAUCAUCAAGCUCUGUCUCGCUGUACAGCAACGGCUCUGAGGGGACGGCCAUCUUCGGCCAGGCAGGUUCUCCCUCCACCAAUGACCUCACAGCUUCCCUUCUCACCGCCCUGCACGUUGACGGCCUGGAAAACUUUAAUCCUUUUCUGCCCAUCAACCUACUGCAGCGGAUGGUUCUGGCACGUUUUCCCACAUUGGCAGGUCUUGUCCACAGUCCGGUUCUGCCCCCCGGGCUCAGUCUGACUAGCUCAGCAUCCUGUGAGGGGUUUACUGAGCAGCAAACCAGCUUCCUCGAGCCCUGCGGCCAGACCAGGACACCCGUGGAACAGCCCCAAAUGUUUGUCCCUGUUCGUUUGCUCGAAAUGGGCUUUUCAAUGAGACACAUCUACAGAGCCAUGGAGGCAGCAGGGGUGACGGGUGAGGUGGACUCUCGUAUGAUUGAGGUGCUGGCGAGCUGGAUGCUGGAACACCCUUUGACUGAAGAACAGCAGGUGGGAGAGGGUUCAUCAGCAGGGGGCGCCACUGAUACACCCACAUCUGACGGUCCUGAGACCGUGCAGUGCCCCGAGUCUCCUGCCCCACUGACCCUGCAUGAAAGCCAGGAGCCCAACGAGAGUCUGUUAGCUGGUUUGGACCUAGUGGAGAGAGAGAACUUUUUAGAUGUCCACUUGACCAGAAACAGACCUCCACCCGCACGCAGACAGAGAUCUGGAGUGAGCCAGAGGACUUCGUUUAGGAGAGCAGAUUCACCUUCUCCCAGUCCUGUGCCAACACUGUACAGACAAGACGCAGGUGUGUCAGAGUGGCCCGAGCGGGCCGAAACGCACCCGUUUGCUGCCGAAGAGGAAUCCGAGCUGGGCUACAUGGAUGACCCUUAUCAUGAGGAACCCUACGAGGAGCUUCUCACCCCGGAGUUCAUCACCUCUGAGAGGGACACGCUUUGGAUGGCAGAGGGACGAGAGGAACACCCAGAAGCUCAUGAGAUGGUCGAGUGUGAACUCUGCAACACUCUCACCCUGCAGUUCAACAACCACAUGAAGAGACAUCACCCCGGAUGCGGUCAAAGCGCUGGUCGCCGUGGUUACCGCAGCAAUGGGGCUUACGUGGACGGAUGGUUUGGUGGUGAAUGCGGAUCGGGCAGCCCGUACUAUCUCUUGUGCAGCAUAUGCAGGGAAAAGUAUCUGUCCGCCAACCUGGGCGGGAUGAGCUCUAAACAGGACAGGGGAAGGGGUUUGGUGUCUGAUCUGAUUGGUCAGCUGGACAGUACAUCAGAUGAUGAGUGGGAUCCCGGGAACCAGGAGGAUUUGGACUCGGACAGGCUGACGGGUUUGGAGGAUUUUGGGACUCUUCUGCGACCUCUGGGUCUGAGUGAGAAGAAGCCAGUUCCUGACCCCAUUCCCUUCUCGGAACACGACCCGCUCGGAGCUCUGGCCAGCGGCUCUGUAAGAGGGGACAGCAGUCUGCUUUACAAAGGUGUGGUGAGCACGGAGCUGAAGAGCUCUUCUGUUCCUCUGAGUCUUGGAGAGCAGGCAGCGUCUCUGCGGGAGCCCCAGGAGAGACUGCUGGCUUUGAGGAGAGUCACCUCCACUGCUCAGAUCCUGCUGGCCUAUAGCAUGGUGAUGAGAGCACUCUCCCAAACCUCAUCAAGUAGUUCAGGAUGUAAUCAGUCCAAUGGUCUGGAGGCUCUGGGUUUGGCUGACAUUCGUAUCUUAGUGCGACUGAUGUGUCUAGCAGCAGGGGGGCGUGUUCACAUGGGCGUGGACCAGCAGGGGAUGGGGCGUGGCUGUGUGAGCGAUCGCACAGGCUCCGCCUUCCUAUCCUUCCUCAGCUCAGCCAUUGGCAGUUUAGUAUCCCACAGUCCUGCAGCUUACAGAGAAUUGGUAGACAUCUGCACUCAGGAUCUCAUGGCUGCAGCUACAGGAAUAAACGUCAGCGCCAUUACUGAUCCACAGCAGAGGAGGAAGAAAAGCUCCGCCCUUAAAAGGGCGGCACAGGAGCCUAGGGAGCUGACCCCGCCCACUUUUCUCGUCACACAGAGUCUGGUGUCUCUGCUGACAGAGAAGGGCAUCCGUUACCGUUACAGCGCAGAAAGAAGCGAAUCUACUGAAUUAAAGGAAGGAGGAAGCCCUCCAGCCUCCGGACCUUCCAUCUCUCAUGCGGGUGUGCGGGUCGGUCCACUGGAACUGGCUAAUGCAUUGGCCGCCUGCGCCCUGUCGGCCAGGUUGACCAGCAGACACCGCCAAUGGGCAGCACAGCAGCUUGUUCAAGCCCUGGCGGUCUCUGAGAAAGACAACAGCGUCAGGCCCCAAACAUACAGUGACAUGGCCGGAGAUCUGCGCAAGUGCUCCAUCAGAAAACUUGAAGGACAUCAGAACAGGGUGAGCAGCUGUGUCUGGAACGCAGAGCAGGGUUUGUUGGCCACCAGCUCACAGGAUGCAACCGCUCGACUGUGGAACAUCUCACCAAACACAGCAGAACUGCAGCAUACACUAACCUGCAGCGUCAGUGAGGAUACUCCGUGCUCAGAUGGCUCCAUGGGGUCUCAUCUGCUGUCCCCUGUGUCAUGGAGUGCAGGGGGAACAUUGCUGGCUGCCUUCCAGAACAAAUUCAUCAACAUCUGGACCAUAAAUGGUUCUCGGGCACACCUCGAAGCUCAAUCCUCCUGGGUCACGGCGCUAUCGUGGGUCCAGACGUCCACUCCGUUCCUCAGCCAGGAAGCCUGCAGCCAGGCGAACGCUCCGGAGAGUUUGCUGGUGGGUCGGCUCGAUGGCUCCCUCUGCUGGUUGGAGGUCACAGAGGACUUAAAAGUGGAGAGCACUGAACUCGCACACUGCCACAGGAAAGAGGCGCCUCAGUGUGUUGCUUGGUACAGCGUAGAUAAACCCUUUGCUGUGGGAUAUCCGGAUGGCAAAAUUCUCCUAGCAGCGGCAGAAAGCUACGAAACAGAGCCGUCCGUUCUUUUGACUGCAUUUCCGGAGAGUGUUAGUGGGCUCAGGUGGGAUCCCACAGGUCAUCUUCUUCUCUCUGUUGGCCGUUCCGACGUGGUGAAGAUUUGGGGUCGGGCCAACGGUGCCUGGGUGACCCUUCAUUCUCUUUUCCACGCGGGCACCGUCAACACAGCUGAAUGGUGCCCACUGCCUGGGCAAGGGGCGGAGCCUCGUCUUAUGAUGGCUGUUGGAUGUCAAAAUGGCCUCCUGUAUGUGUGGACUCUUCCUCAAGGGGGCACUAGUGUAUCAGUGCCCAAUUUCCUCACCCCUUCUACCAGCCAAGACAAGAGCAGUGCCAGCAAGAGGGGUAAUGCUAAAUGUGUAUUCCGACUGAGUGGGCACAUUACCGCGGUAAAAACACUGUCAUUUUGUCCCAGUGGACUUGCCCUUGUGUCUGGGGGAAUUGGAGGUGUGUUGAACAUCUGGUCUUUGCGGGAUGGUUCAGUCCUGCAGACUGUAGUUACUGGAAUGGGCUCAGUGGUUUGUACCACCUGGAUACCACACAUAGGGGUGGCUGCCUGCUCUGGUAGAUCAAAGGAUGUUUUGUUAAUUCGCUGUACUCCUGACUGGAUCUCUCAGAAUCAUGUUCUGGCAUCCUGUCGAUCUGUCUUCCGCAGUCAUGGCAUUCUGGGAUUGAACCGUGCUCCCUGCAUGGCCGUCUUUCUUGAGCGACUUCCCACGCUGCUGCAGGAGCAGUACAGCUAUGAGAAGAGUCACGUGAUGGCAGGAGAUCAGCUGACCCACAGUGCCUUCCUUCAGAGUUUGGCUGCAUUGGCCGUGGGUCUGUUCUUGGAUCAGUUGUUGUGUCGUCAGGCCAAACCGCCUCACCAUAUCAUGACGGGGCCAGAUCAAGAUCCUCCUGGAUCUUCCUGCCCCUCAGAGUGGAACUGGCUCGCUACUUACUCCACCACAGUGAAGAGCGCAGAGGCCUUUGCACGGGGCGCUCCCUUCCCAGAAUCCUUCACUGUACCCGAGUUCCUUCAGCCUAGCACCACAGAGUUCACCAAACCACUGGACAACAGUAAAUGGACAUUUAUGAUGGAUGAACAGCUCAUGUCCUGGGCUACCAGCAGGCCUGAAGACUGGCAGCAGGGUGGUAAAAGCGAGGUAUAUCUGUGGGGUAACGGACGUCACGGGCAGUUGGCGGAUGCGGGAACCAGCGCGUCUGUGCCCACCCUUGCAUCCUCGCUCUCUCAAACUCAGCAGGUUGUGUGUGGCCAGAACUGCACGUUCUUGGUUCAGGCUAAUGGUACGGUACUGGCUGUAGGGGAAGGCAGUUACGGUCGGCUCGGACAGGGAAAUUCAGAUGACCUCUACGCACCCACUAUCAUCUCAGCUCUACAAGGUUACGUCGUGACACAGUUGGUGACAUCAUACGGGUCGGAUGGUCACUCUCUGGCUCUCACGGAGACUGGAGAGGUGUUCAGCUGGGGUGAUGGAGAUUAUGGGAAACUGGGUCAUGGGAACAGUGAAAGGCAAAGGCGACCCAAACAAAUUGAAGCUCUGCAGGGAGAGGAAGUUGUGCAGCUGGCUUGUGGAUUUAAACAUUCUGCUGUCGUGACAUCAGAUGGAAAACUUUUCACGUUUGGCAGCGGCGAUUCAGGACGCUUGGGUCAGAGGUCAACUUCAAACAAGAUGGUCCCAGAACGAGUUACAGCACUGGAUGGCUUCCACAUAGGACAAGUGUCUUGUGGUAUCAACCAUACUUUGGUCCUGUCAUCAGAUGGCUUGAACCUAUGGGCUUUUGGAGAUGGUGAUUAUGGUAAACUCGGUAUUGGACCAUGUACAGUCAAGUGUUACCCACAGAAAGUAGAGGCUCUCUGUAACAAGGGAAUCAAAAAGAUUGGAUGUGGAACUCAUUUCUCUGUGGUUCUGGCUAAAGAUGGACACGUGUACACAUUCGGCCAAGAGCGUCUGAUAGGUCUGCCCGACUCCAUGCUGAAGAAUCAUAACCGGCCACAGAUAAUACCCGCUUUGGAGGGCGUUUUCAUCGAAGACAUUGCUGUUGGUUGUGAGCACAUUUUGGCUCUUUCCAACACUGGAGAUGUGUACGCAUGGGGCUGCAACUGUGAGGCUCAGCUGGGUCUGGGUCACUCUAACCCUGUCAAGGAGCCCACUCUGGUUACUACUCUACAAGGCAAAAACAUCAGACAGAUAUCUGCUGGACGAUGCCACACCGCUGCCUGGACCACACCAGCUCUGACCACCAGGACUUCAGGUUGUUCAGGGAUACAGUUGGGUCUGCCUCAGGCUGUGCCGCCCCAGUAUAACGCCCUGAAAGACUGCAGCCCUGAGGUGCUAAACACCCGUCUCCGAGUCCUCUACCACUUCUCUGACCUCAUGUACAAGUCUUGGAGACUUCUUAACCUUGACCCCUGCAGCCAGGUGAACGUUUCCCGGUAUAGCUCAGGUACGGCUGCCAUCGUGCAGGGUCAGCUACGAGGCCUGCUGUCACCGAAAGUCAACACCCUUCCUCUCGUUCGCACUAUCGGCAGAACCAUGACCCAAGGAAAGACCUACGGCCCGCAGAUCACAGUCAAGAGAAUCUCUACUAGGGGGCGCUCUAGCAAGCCCAUCUUUGUACAGAUCGCCAAGCAAGUGGUGAACCUGAACCCCACCGAACUGCGUUUGCCCUCCAGAGCAUGGAAGGUGAAGUUGGUGGGCGAAGGUGCGGACGAUGCGGGGGGCGUGUUCGACGACACCAUCACCGAAAUGUGCCAGGAGUUGCAGUCUGGUGUUGUGGACCUGCUCAUUCACACUCCAAACAGCAGCGCAGAUGUUGGUAGCAACACGGACAGAUUCUUGCUGAACCCAGCGGCUGCCUCAGACGAUCAUAUGGUGCAGUUUCGUUUCUUGGGUAUUCUGAUGGCCGUGGCCAUUCGAACAAAAAAGCCCCUGGAUCUGCACCUGGCGCCGUGGGUUUGGAAACAGAUGUGCUGUAUUCCUCUGGGAGCGGCCGACCUGGAGGAGGUGGAUCUGCUCACGUACCGCUCCCUUCAGGGCAUCUUGCACCUGGACAACAGUGUGAUCAAUGAAGAGAACUUCACAGUGAUGAUCCCUCUGUACUCAUUCGUGGCCCACAGUGCCAAUGGGACGUUGGUUCCUGUGGUUCCCGGAGGUCACAACCUUCCUCUGACCUUCUCCAAUAGAAACGAGUAUGUGGAGAGAGCCCUGAACUACAGACUUCAUGAGAUGGACAGACAGGUGGCGGCAGUGCGGGAAGGCAUGUCGUCCAUCAUUCCCGUCCCAUUGCUUUCCCUGCUCACGGCGAGACAGCUGGAGCAGCUGGUAUGUGGCCUGCCUGAGGUUUCUGUGGAGAUGCUGAAAAAGGUGGUGCGUUAUCGUGACAUCACCGACAACCACCAGCUUAUUGGCUGGCUGUGGCAGAGCCUCGAGGAAUUUACCAAUGAAGAGAGAGUUUUGUUCUUGCGCUUCGUGUCCGGACGAUCCAGGCUGCCGUCCAAUCCGGCAGACAUCACGCAGAAGUUUCAGAUCAUAAAAGUUGACCGGCCUGUGAACGGCCUCCCCACAGCUCAGACCUGUUUCUUCCAGCUCCGCCUUCCUCCCUACACAAGCCAGGCAAUACUAGCCGAGCGCCUACGCUAUUCCAUUCACAACUGUCCAUCUAUAGACAUGGACAACUAUAUGCUGUCCCGCAACACCGACCCGGCCGACGGGUCUGAUACUGAAUACUGAAGCGCUGCUGGUUGUUACUCUCAAUGCACACAAAAUAACCCUUCUGUCAUAUCUAAUACUGUACUGUAUACCUUUGGUUGGUGUUUUUAUUCAAACAUGCAAUACAGUUCUCACUCAUGAAGUGUCAUGUGCUGUACAUACAGUACCCAGAAUGCACUGCAGCAGCCAGUUUUAUCACCAGGAUACUAGACAAUUUAUUUAUUCAUUUUUAUAUAUUGUAUUCACGUUCAAGGAUACUUCCUAAAAAUGAAAAAAUAAUAAAAAUACUUGUGCCUAAAAAAGUCACAAGGUUGCUUAGUUAGUGAAGGGAAGUUCGGCUUGAUUUGUCGCCGUGAGCACUUGGCAGCUAGCUUCCUUGCGUCCCAGUUCAUGCCAAAGGCUUUUAAACUAUCGUACUGUACGUAAUCAAAUGAGUUAAUAACAAAAGUGCUGUUAAUAUAAAAAACGCACCGUAGAGCAAUCACGAUAUUUGGGAGUGGUGCGUUUGCGUCCAUAAAUGAGGCUUGUAUCUUAAAUGAAUGUAUACUUGCUAAUGCCGUGAGCAUGUGUGCACUCGAAAGUACUUUUAUUUGCCAAACACGGUUCGCUGUACAUUAAAUAGGGUUUAUUGAAUUUUAGCCUUUUUGCAACUGUGAAGAAAUGUGUGGAUGGAUUUGGUGAUUGUGUGUCGGGUGGUCUUUACACUCGGUUUGUUAUGCCGAUACAUUUUUUGUGUGUUUGUAUGCCACACGUUUUGAUUGUUUGUACUCGUGUGGUAAAAUUGUGAAAGCGCCUUCUACUUUACUGUAGAAGAUUUGAUGAUAUAUGUAUGCAGUGGUUUACAGUAUUGCUAAAUUAUUGUUAGUUAUUUUUGGAUUAUUUAUCUGAGUGAGCUUUUUGUGUUGAAAGAGAGUAAAACUUCAUUUGUAAAUGACACUGUGUGCAUUGCGCUUUAGCAAGAUAAACUCUUACUCGCUGCAGUAUUUACAGAUACUCAGAACCCGAACCUUAGAUGUAAUCAUCUUGGCUCAUUUUCAAAAUACUCAAAAAUUUGUCUAACAAUGAACACAAAUGUAGGAAAUUUUGAAAUGAAUAGGCUGUGAUAGUGCUAUUUAAUAAGAUUAUUAAAUAUAAAAGUGUUUACAAAUGCUUUAAUUUCAGACUAAGCCAUAAAAAACAGGAACGGUUCAAGAAGUUUCAUCAACUGUAUGAACUGUAUGACGUUUGAUGGCCCUUCAAAUGGAAGUACUGUACUGUAAAUUAAACUUUGUGUUGAGA